AUGAACUUUUAUCGACUUGACGUCGUCUUCGCUCACUUCACCCAGGCCGCCGCUGUCCGCCAAUAUCAUGUCAAUCCCCGCAUGGAUUAUCGCACUGUCGCCGCUGUCAACGGCCCAUUGGUAGUGCUUGACAACGUUUCAUUCCCGUCUUACAACGAGAUCGUACAGCUCACCUUACCCGACGGUACGAUCCGUGGAGGUCAAGUACUCGAAGUGAGUGGGAAAAAAGCAGUCGUGCAGGUCUUCGAAGGGACUUCUGGUGUCGACACAUCGGCUACUCGUAUCGCCUUCUCAGGAUCUUCUAUGAAACUCCCCGUCUCGGAAGACAUGCUUGGCCGCGUGUUCAACGGUAGUGGAAAUCCUAUCGACAAGGGGCCCAAAGUCUGGGCCGAGGACUAUCUUGACAUCAACGGUUCCCCUAUCAACCCAUAUUCGCGAAUCUAUCCCGAGGAAAUGAUCCAGACUGGUAUAUCUACCAUUGAUACCAUGAACUCCAUCGCUCGAGGACAGAAGAUCCCCAUCUUUAGUGCCGCUGGCUUGCCGCACAAUGAGAUUGCUGCACAGAUCUGUCGACAGGCUGGGCUUGUCAAACGGCCAGGCGCCACUAAAGGGGUGCAUGACGGGCACGAAGACAACUUUUCGAUUGUCUUUGCCGCCAUGGGUGUGAAUAUGGAGACGGCUCGAUUCUUCAAACAAGACUUUGAAGAAAGUGGCUCCAUCAGUAAUAGUACUCUUUUCGUCAAUUUGGCGUCUGACCCCACAAUCGAACGUAUCAUCACUCCUCGGUUGGCUUUGACCACGGCCGAAUACUUUGCCUACCAGCUAGAGAAGCACGUGCUUGUCGUCAUGACGGACAUGUCCAGUUACGCUGACGCUCUUCGAGAAGUAUCAGCCGCCCGUGAGGAGGUCCCGGGUCGUCGAGGUUACCCUGGGUACCUAUACACCGACUUGUCGACCUUGUACGAAAGGGCUGGACGAGUGGAGGGACGUAACGGGUCAAUCACGCAGGUUCCGAUCCUCACCAUGCCCAAUGACGAUAUCACUCAUCCCAUUCCUGACUUGACAGGUUACAUCACCGAGGGCCAAAUAUUCGUCGACCGUCAGCUCCACAACCGACAGAUCUACCCUCCCAUCAAUGUGCUCCCGUCUCUGUCCCGACUGAUGAAAAGUGCCAUUGGCGAGAAGCUCACGCGAAAGGACCACGGCGAUGUUUCCAAUCAGCUGUACGCCAAGUACGCGGUCGGCAAAGACGCUGCCUCGAUGAAGGCUGUCGUCGGCGAGGAAGCUCUGUCAUCAGAUGACAAGCUUGCUUUGGAGUUCCUCGAACGCUUCGAAAAGGAAUUCGUUGGUCAAGGUGCCUAUGAAGCCCGAACCAUCUUCGAGUCUCUCGACAUCGCAUGGGAGCUCUUACGAAUCUUCCCCAAAGAGUCACUCAACCGUAUCAGCCCAAAGAUCCUGGCUGAAUUUUAUCCCCGCAAGGCAAGCAAGCCAUCCGAAUCAAAAGCCAAGGGAGGGGAGAAUCUGAUAGAUGCGUAA